CUCACAUCCUCUAAAUCCUACCCACCUACCGAAGUAACAAUGCCCACCGAAAUCAAGAACAAGACUCACUUCACUGAGCUUAUCAACAGCGGCAAGACCGUCAUCAUUGACUUCUGGGCCCCCUGGUGCGGCCCCUGCAACAUGAUCUCGCCCAAGUUCGAGCAGUACGCGGGACAGCACGCUGAGAAGGACAGCGUCAUCUUUGCUAAAGUCAACAUCGACGAUGCGUCCGAUGUUGCCGAGCUCCUUGGCAUCAGCUCGAUCCCGACCUUCAUGGCCUUCAAGGACGGCGACAAGCUGCCGAACGGUCAGGUCGUCGGUGCUAGGAUCUCUGAUCUCGAGAGACUCAUCACCACCCAUGCCGUAUGAUGACCCAUAGAGACGUGAAGCGCCGCAGCGGAAGUCAUAGUAAAUAUUCUACUGUAUCAUUAUGCGCCGGAGAAUGAUCAAGUUAUGUUGGUUUGAGACGCA